AUGACCAUGAAGUUUCCCAGCUUUGAAAUGUUGGAAACCAAUGAGGGUGAUUUCUCUGGUCCUCUACUCCCUGACCUUGAUCCUUGGUGUUACACCUUGAGCUUGAUUAGUCUGGAUCGGUUUACUCAGGUGAUCACACCGGUUUGGGCUCAAAAUCAUCGCAGUCUGUUAAUUGGACGACUGUCCUGUGUAGCGGCCUGGGUUCUGGCUUUAAUUCUUAGUCUGCCUUUUAUGAUGUUAAGAGAGACUUUAACAGAAAAUAAUACAACAUCUUGCCUUCAUCAUCAACUUGAUGAAGACAAUUUUAAAAUGUAUAGACUGUUAAGCAUCAUCAGAUUUGUGUUUGGCUUUUUGGUUCCUCUCAUAUGCAUCACAACAUGCUAUGGAUUCAUUGCACGCAAGUUAGGCAGGAGUCAUUUUCACUCUGGACGAGUGUUUCGCAUCAUGUUGGCUGUAAUUGUGGCUUUUUUUCUGUGCUGGUUGCCGUAUCACACAGUGGAUUUGAUAUUAAUAUAUGGUGGGGAUUCAAGUAUCUUGGCAGCUUUGGCAGUGGAUCCGGUGGCCAUCUCGUUGGCGUAUUUCAACAGCUGUCUGAACCCCAUUCUGUAUGUUUUCAUGGGGCAGGAUUUUAAAAGUAAGGUUAAACUUUCUCUAAGACGUGUUUUUGAAAGAGUUUUCUCUGAGGAGGGAACACAAGCAUCACAAUCCACACAGUCACAACAAAUGCACUCAAUGCAGUGA